CAUGACAUUAUUAUACCUAAAUUGUUCAUUUCAUACAGAAAGUCAGAAACAAACCUCCUAAUCUCAGACAUGACAAAAAUUGCUUCUAGUUUCCUUUUCUUCAUCUUCAUCUCUUCCUUAAAAGCCUCUACACAUAUUCAACCCAAUGCACUUGUUCUUCCAGUCACAAGAGACUAUGCCACUAGCCAAUAUGUUACACUGAUUCACCAAAGAACACCUAUUGUUCCUAUCAAACUAACUUUAGAUCUAAGUGGCCAAUUCCUUUGGAUAAAUUGCGAUGAGGGUUACGUUUCAUCCAGUUACCAUCCUGUUCAUUGCAACACCAAACAAUGCUCGUUAACCGGAUCGAAGUCUUGUAGAAACUGUUUCCUAUCUGAACCAGGAUGCAACAUGAACACAUGUAAUCUUUUUCCAAAUAACAUUUUUACUCGCACCAAUCAAAUUGGUGAGGUUGCAUUAGAUGUUGUUGCAAUCCAUUCAACUGAUGGAUCAAAGCUUGGUAAAAUAGUUACUAUAAAUAACUUUCUAUUCACAUGUGGUAGAACAAAUCUCUUGAAAGGUCUUGCUAGUGGAGUCAAAGGCAUGGCAGGUUUUGGAAAGAGUAAUAUUUCAUUACCUUCACUUUUUGCUUCUGCUUUCAACUUCAAAACAAAGUUUGCAAUAUGUUUGAGUUCUUCAAAAACAUCUAGUGGUGUUUUGUUCUUUGGUGAUGGCCCUUAUGUUUUCCUUCCCGGGAUUGAUGUUUCCAAAUUUCUUAUGUUUACACCACUGAUCGAAAAUCCUGAUAACUCGGCCGGGCCAAUUUUCCAUGGAAGACCUGCAGCUGAAUAUUUCAUUGGAGUGAAAUCUAUUAGAAUCGAUGAAAAACAGAUUUCAUUAAACACAUCAUUGUUGUCCAUUGGUGAUGAGGGCGAGGGUGGAACAAAAGUUAGCACAUUAAAUCCUUACACAAUCAUGGAAACAUCUAUAUAUAAUGAUUUUGUUGAUGCAUUUGCAAAAGAACUUGAAGAUGUUCCAAAAGUUAAGCCAGUGAAGCCUUUCAAGCUAUGUUUUAACUUACAGAAUUUGGGUGUUACAAGGGUUGGACCUGCAGUGCCAACAAUUGACUUUGUGUUACAAAAUAAGGAUGUUUUUUGGAGGAUGUUUGGGGCAAAUUCAAUGGUCCAAGUGAGUUAUGGAGUUUAUUGUCUUGCAUUUGUAGAUGGAGGUGUAGAAGUAACAACUUCCAUUGUUAUUGGUGGGCAUCAGUUAGAAGACAAUCUUUUGCAAUUUGAUUUGCAUAAUUCAAGACUUGGAUUCAGCUCAUCCCUAUUGUCCAGACAAACUACUUGUGCAAACUUCAAUUUCACCUCUAGCACUUAAACGUGGGAAACUUUUAAAUUGUUCUUUGUCAUUAUUUUUAUGUGUUGCAUAAAUUUGUUGCUUGUUGUUUCCUUGUUGUAUGGUAAAAUAGAUAUCAUAUUUGGAUUGAGAGAGUCCAUAUUAUCUUCCCUUUUCUUGUAUCAUAUAUGAAUUUGUAUACUUCAUUGAUAUAUGAAUUUCUCUAAUUUUUGUUCCA